ACCUCUCUUUGUGCGGCUUACAGCCUUCCAGGUUCAGAGUUCAUCAUCUUGGCCUGCAAAUAUAUUCCCAAAUAAGCUUGGGCAUCUCGGACGGCCUCGGCAGUCUGCGUGGGUCAUCCCUACACUGUUCGCAUGCUGAUGAGUCUUGAUUAUCAGGGCUGCUAUUCCGCGCCGGAACGACUGCUGUCACUUUGUGGGGCCAUGCCAUGGAAUGCAUCCUGUUUGCAUGCGCCCGCCGACGAAGAAGACGUCUUUGAUACAGGCACUCCUAUGGCUGAACGAGAACACCAUUGGAUGCAACUUCAAACCUCGGUGUGCCCGGUCUGGAGUAUCCGCAAUGGCUCUGCUCGUCUCGCAGGCCACUCACGGUGGCGACCAUACGAUCGAGAAUGUGCUCAGCAGCUCGACACUCGAGUUUUCAAAGGCCCUGAGCAUUCGCAAGAUCCUCGCGGGGCCAGGGAUCUGGGACGGUCCUAACCUUGAAGGGCAAGCUUCGUUUACGGUCGUGCAGGCGCCGCGGUUAGGUACACCAGCAGCGGCAGCGCGAUUCGCGUUUACGAGCAUCAUUCGGGCCUCCACAUACGCGACCCCGGACGAGACACAAUUGGACCACGAAGCCCACGGCGAGGCGAGGCGAAGCGAAAGUGCGCACGCUACAGCCAAGCUCGCGCGAGCCGGUCAAGAUCCGCGCGACGUGCGGCAGUGCACUCGUAUAUAUACCUGCACGCACGCACACGGCGCGCGACAUCCUCCCUGUCUGCUUUCUGUUGUCGUCCUCCGUGCAUGGCACAUCCGCGCGCCCGUGCCCGGACGUCCGACCCUCCGCAGCUGCCUCCUCGCGAUUCCGCUGCCCGUGUACCAUGGAUGCGCCCACGACGGCGGCAGCAUGGCCGAUAUCAGGGCGAACAUGCACAGAAGACGCGAGGAGCGCAUGCUCGACAUACGUGAAGAUCGCGUGCACGACACCGACCGUGGGGACUACAGGAACAGACCGCCGAAUCCGCGCGCAGAGCCGUAUCGGUGCGAGAUAUCAGAGUCGGCUGCGCGCGAGGAGAAGAGCGUGGCCGCGAAGGGUUGUGGCACACAGCGACGUGCAACACAGUCCUAG